CAGAUUUUUGCGUGCGUGGAAUUUCCUCUGACAACAAAAAAGUAGUGAAUAAGCAUGUGCAUGUCAUCUUCCGACAAGAACAACCUGUGAAGAAAAUAGAGAAACCAUGCUCAACUAUCGUAUCAAGAAGAAAAAGAACGUGGCAGCGCCGCCGCCCGGGCCAGCAGGACAGCCACCGGCUCCUCCUUCAGCGGCGCACCCUCCGUCAGAUAUAUUUCAAGUUGAAUACCUUCAACCUGAGCCUGCUAUAUCUGGGCCUGCGCAACAGACGAGUUCGAGCUCCGCUGCAUCAGUGGCAUCAAGAAGUGCAGCCGGCGUGAAGCACCAGGAUCGCCCAGCACCGCAGCCCACAGCUGCUGACGCGCCAACGCCGUCACGCGGUCGAAAAAAUAACGAUGCCUCGGCACUGCUUGUUCCAGCGGCGGAAGACAAGAAAAGUGCCAGAAACAACGACGAAGAUUACUCUGUCUUGAGAGGUAAAGCUGCAGAAAUUGCGAUCAAAAAUGCGGCAGCGACUGCAUCAGCAGCUGUUCCACCGACUGACACAUCGGCACUUCCGUCGGCAUUUGCCAAGAUGGUAGCAACUGCCCAUGAUAAGGGUGGUGCUGUCAGCAGCGGUGCGCCGCAAGAGUCAAUCUCCGCCUUCUCCGCGAGCGCGAAAGCAAAAGUCGCUAGUGCGUGCGAGGAUCCACCAGACCAGGACGAUCCGUACAACAACGUCGACUUCGACGACGACCGCGCUAUCGAGGACGAGGAAGAACAGCAAGCUCUCGACGCGCUCGACGAGGCAGACGCACUCGCCCCUCCGCCGCCGGCCUUCGUGCAGGGAAUCGGCGGAAUGAUGGUUGCGCCACGACCUCCGGGGCCAGCGGGAACAGGAGCUGGUAAAGGGCCGCUACCGCGGGAUCAGCAAGACAGUGCGAACAUGUUUGCCUGCAUGUAUCUCGUUUCCGGCAACGCAGCGACGGCCCUGCCCCGACGACCAAAGGUUUUCAGCCUGGAGCAAAAGGUGAAGGCUGGAGACUGGGUCAAAAACAGUUUUCUCGAAGCGUCGAAGAAGGGUCCCGGCGCGGCGAAGAGCUCUUACCUAGAUGAUGGAGAGCAGGCAGGGCCGCCGACGAAGAAGCGUCGAACUGCGGCGAAAACGGGUGGAAGAGCGAAGGCGAGUACAGCAGCGGCAGUUUUAGGGGGCGCUGUAGGUCAGCAACAAGCUGCAAAGAGACAAGCGCGCCCAAAAGCAAAAACGCGAGCGAAGGCGAAAGCAAAAAACAAGACUCUUCUGAUGGACGUACUUUUGAGCGACGAGGACGAUGACAUGGGAAUAAAGCAAGGCGCUCGUCGUGAUGCUGAUCAUGCAAGUGCAACAAAAGAUGACGAGAAGCCGCCUGCUGAAAACUACAAGAGGCCCGAGUUCUACGAGACGGUUGACCCGAAAAGCAUACAUUUGCCAACAGAUAGCACCGUGGACGACAUCAAGAACCUGGUCGAUGACCCCGAGGCGGGAGAAGAAACGCGGCCCGAACCGAAGGCGAAGAUGCCGAAGAACACAGUCAACCGAAAUCUGAUUCACGAGCUCAACCAGCGAGUGCUGCAGGCGAAGCGGAUUGCGGCUAGGCGUGAAGAAACCCGAAAGGGACGGAAGAAAAACGACUUGGGGUUUUCUCUGAACGAUGCGCAGUUUGGCAGCGGCCUUUUGAAGUCCUCGUCGGCCCAGCCUGCCUCAUCUUCCAGUGUGACGACGAGUGCACCCUAUGCGGUGCCUGCAUCUAGUAGUUCUACUGUGAGGACCAAUAGCACCACCAAAGAGUCGUUUGCAACUGUUGCAGGAGCCGCCGCCAAAUCGACGAAGACGCCGAAGAACGCUCGCGGCGAGAAGUCGAGGAAAAAAGAUGGAGCUUCCGCUAGAUCUUCUCGUAACAAGAAAUCUGGAGGAAAGACGAGUCGGGUGAGCCCGGAGGAACGAGACAUCUUAGGGUUAUCGUCCUCGUCUGACGAAUCAAGUGGCGAAUACACUUCCGAUAGUGCGGUGGAAGAUGCGAAGCCGCAAGCCAAAGCAAAAGCAGCGGCAGAUAGUCACCCCGGCGCCGGCAAGCGCGUCCGCCAGAGCAGCAGCAAGAAGAAUAGCGGCUCGUCGAGUUGCACCAGCAGCAGUAGCGAUUCCGAUAACGAGGGGUCGACGUCCCUCGUUCCAACAGAAGUGGAUAGCCGCCCGAGCAGCAGCAAGAAGCGCAGCUCAUCGCGAAAGAAAAACAAGUCAUCUGAGAGUAAAGCUAGCGCGAUGGCGGGCACAGGGGCUCGACCAGGAAAGCAUUUCUCUGACAAGAAAGCGCUGCUGUCGCCUAUUGUCGAGUCUCCGGACGAUAAGGACAACAAAGCUCCUACUGCUGUCUCCAGUCGGCCUGGUCCCGUAGUUCCGCCAAAGAUUGGAGGUCAGCCGGUGACACUUCGCACCGACGUGUUGGACAAUGACAAUGCGGCGCCUGCUGUGGCUCCGCCGACUGCGACCUGGCAGCGUUUUACUAGUGGAUCCGCGGCUAGCAGAGAAGCAGAACUCGCCGAGGCCGGGUCCAGCACGCUGCUGUUUUCUUCGGUCACUUCUAGUUCCGCGGCGCCUUUUGGCGCUGGCGCGCACGAGCCUUCCGCGGCUGGAUUCUCGAGAACCGAAGACACUUCUUUGCAAGAAGACCUGAAAAUACAGCAGAAAAUUAUUGAAGCAGCGAAGAACACAAACCUUGAUCAUGAACAAAAUCUCGCAGGAGCUACGUCUGCGAACUUCAACUUCGCAACCAAACUCAAGCCUGCCGCGCCACGCGCCAAGAAGCCAGCCGCGAGAAAGAAGACCACAGUGCCCGUCGUUUCCGCGGCGCUCAACGCCCACCUCGACCGCCUGGCGUCGCAGUCGCAGAAACCGGUGAAGAAGCAGGGAGCCAAAAACGCUGUGAACGGGUUCACCAACUACAUUCCGCAAUCGAAGGGCUACGAACGGCGCAUGCGGGCCGCGCCGAACCGCAGCGUCGCGAUGAACAAACGGCUGAUGAAGGGGAGACGGGGCGGCAAGGGCAUGAAUUUUUCCGCGAACAACAACGUGGGGCAGAUGGACGGCCGCGCGUUGCAAAGCCACUACUUGUCCAAACGCGCCCAGCUGGCGAAGGAGAACUUCGCGCAGAAUUUCUUCGUGGACAACCCGGGUUGGGAAGUUCCCUUGUGGAGCCGGGGCUUUGGAAAGGAGCGAACCGUCGUGAAUAGUCCUGAGGAAGCUUUGGAAAAGUUGAACUUCAAAUCCUUCCGUCGGGGGCAACGCGAGGCGAUCAAAUCAGUGGUGGACGACCGUCUCCGCACUUUGCUCCUACUUCCGACGGGAAUGGGAAAGUCGCUCGUGUACCAAAUCUGUGCGUUGUUGCUCCGCAGUGAGGGCCUGACCUUGGUCGUCACACCGUUGGUCGCACUGAUGGCGGAUCAGCUGCGGAAUUUACCGGUUUCCAUUCGGGGCGCAGCAAUCAACUCGCACCAGACGCCGGAACAAAGUCGGCGCAUCAUGAACGCAGUGCGGAACAACGAGGUGGACUUGCUUUUUGUCACACCAGAAAGACUCGCGAUGUGGGCGCUAUCUAGCCGAGAUUUUCCCAUCGCGUUAGUGUGCGUGGACGAGGCCCACUGCGUGUCCGUUUGGUCCCACAACUUCCGCCCGACCUACAUGCGGCUGAACUACUUUUUCGGGCAGCUAAACAUCCCGCGAGUGCUUGCUUUAACCGCAACGGCAACCGCGCGCGCUAUCGACGGCAUCCAGGGUUUGCUAAACAUUGACAUCGUUCUGCGUCAGAACCUCGAUUGCGACAUUGUGCGGGAAAAGGUGGGCGGAGGGAAGGAUGUAGAGAAAAAGGUGGAAGUGCUGGCUCGGGAAGGAGAGACGGAGCAAAAAACAGAAGUCAGCGUGAUGAGCAUCAUGAAGGACCAGAACAAGAAAGUAGACAAAGAAAACGAGAGUGGUGGUAGCGCUGAACAAACAGGACCACAAGCUGCGAUAAAACCGGAGAGUGAAGAAGGCACCAUCAACACCAAGACCCCGGCUACUGACGGAAAAUCCACGGUGCUCUCCCAGUCCAUCCUCCGGCGCAACCUCACCUGCACGGUGUCGCAGGUGAACGAAAAGGAAAAGGGCCACGACCUGGUGAAGAUGCUGCAGCAAGACGACCGGUUCCGCCGCGGCAGCGUUCUAGUGUACGUGUGGCGCCGGAAGACGGUUACUGCCCUCGCGAAGCUUCUCGGGGGCAGAGGCGUGCAAGCGGUCGGAUAUCAUUCCGCCCUUUCUGCCGAAGAUCGCGACCGAUUCCAGAAAGAAUUUACGGUGAACCGGAUCCGCGUGAUGGUCACCACAAUCGCAUUCGGGAUGGGAAUCGACAAACCGGACAUCCAGGGCGUGAUCCACUACGACAUGCCAAAGUCGCUCGAGAACUUCGUGCAGGAGAGCGGUCGGUGUGCUCGGGACUUGACCCGUCGAGGUCACUGCCACAUCUACGUGAACGAGGAGGAUUUCGCGUUUCAGCGGAAAUACAUCCACGGGAGCAUCGGCGCGCACGGAUCGGCGGUGGAUAAGCUUCUGGAGCUGAUCUUCAACAAGAAGAGGCGACACGCCAUGCUGAAGACGGAGGAUAGUGACAACGACGUCGAGAGCAACGCGUGCAGCAGCGUGGUGCUGAAUGAAAAGGAAACAGCGAGAAUCCUGGGUUGCGAGACCGACGAAGUCCAUUCCUUGCUUGCGAAUAUGGAGCGGCUCUCAGGCGACGCAUUCCGGCUGUACUCUUCUUUUCCGGCGAAAGUGAAAUUACGGUUUUUCGGCAAAACCGAGGACGAGAAGAGCCCGGAGCAGUUGAUGGAGCGAGAUUUGUUUCUCGCGCAGCUUUUGCCUCUGUGUCGUGUGAACGCAGGAGUGUACUCCUUCGACACGUUGAAAGCGAUCAAGCAACUGCAGCCGGAGAAGGGCUCGAAGAGCUCCUUUAGUGUAGCGUCGACACCGGGGGAGUUCUUGACGAAUUUGCACGUGUGCGCCGGUUUGCAUAGGAUCGCGGUGGACCGGGAUAACUACGGCUAUUUGAUCGAAGUGCUUCGCGAGCCAUCGCAGCAGGACUUGAAGACCUGGUGCUGCAGUCUGAAAGCGCAUGUGCGGCAAGUCGAAACUGUUGCUGCUGAGCAGAUCGACUCCUGUUACUGCGCGUUUUACCGCGUCGCGCAGAUGAUGUCCGGAAGCGGGAGCGGAAAUGCGAAGACCGAGGCGAACACGGCAUUGGCGGCCGCAGCGAAUAACUGCACGGCGUUACUCGCCAGCGACCCGGCGCUUCUACUAGCAGCUGAGGGGGAGUCAAAAGCAAAGGAUGCUCCGGACGAAGAUGACGACGACAAUGACAACGACACCGCUGGUGCGGCACAAGAACAGCUGCGGAUCCGCAAAAGCACGGCGUUUAUGUCAACGUUAAUCGACAUGUACUUCUACAGCCCGGAGGGUCAAGACGUCGUGGCGAAGAUCUGCGGCGGGAAGGAGAAAAAGCUGCAGAUUUUGUCCGACGCCCUCGGUGUGGCACCCGGGUUGAUGGAAAAACUUGCAGACGUCGAUCAGCAAACCGAAGACGACUUGUGGAAGACGCACCCGUCGUACGCGAAGCUGAGAAAGGACGUCGCGAUGCACUGCCGCACGCCGACCAUCCGCGCGGCCAUGAAGAAGGCGAAAGAGCCGUCGCUGCUGAUCACCAACGUGCUUCUGGGGCGUUUCUGCACGAUGCUGGGGCCGGACUUGGAGGCGCGGUGGCGCUGGAUGAAGAAUCCCCUGUGGAACACGCAGGCAGACUAUCCGUUCGGCUUGGUGUAUCUUUGUGUGAAAGAAGUCAACGACGAACUCAUCGCGGAGGAUCUGGCGAAAAUUUUGAAAUGAUGUGGAAGUAAGACGAUACUGUGAAUGUGAAAGAAUUGAGAUGCAUUGCAAUAAAGCGUAAACGUCGAAAAUCGGCACAGCCAGGUGAAAAAUGACAA